UAGCCGAAACCAGGUAAAGACCAGAAAAUUUGCGCAACUCAGGCUGAUUCUUCAAAAUAUUAGUCUAUCACAGGUGCUGACAGGGCUGCAAUAUGCUAAAAAUUCUUAGUCACCAAAUCCAUAUUCUUGAAGAGAGACAGACAUUGACCAAAUAGUCCACGGGUGUCGUGCCAGUUCAUAGUGCCCAUUGGGCACAAUAUUUGGGCGAUCAGAGAUGUCGUCAUCGACAGGUGCGCUGACGAUCUGACCUCCACCUAUCUGCUAUCUAUAUGUAUUUGCAUUUGAAGCACCACAGGGGUUCGCCAUCUGACUUCUAGCAUGGCUAAAGCAGUUACUGAGGCGUCAUUUCUCCGCGCGACCAUCUGACGCAGGCGUCGGCAGCCGUGAUAGCGGCACGAUAGCCGGGAGCUCAUCUGUCUGGAGACUGCGGCGCGCAAACCGCUCACGGCGUGCUUGGCUGGCGGGGACCACGUAAAGUGCUAAGCCACACCGUAAAAUUCACCGCCGGGGUCAUUCAAAGAAGUCCGCGGGACGUGUAGGUGUUCGUCGUGGAAGACCUUUGAAGCUGACGUCAGCAGUAGUGCAGUAGCCCGAAGAAGAGAGACAGUUGUCGGAGAGAGCUUCAGCCUGCCCUACUGCAGAAAACCAGAGCUGCUACGUUUGGUGUUGAUUCUGUUUAGCGACAGCGUCGAAGAAGACUUUUAAAGCUUAGAUCUGUACGGUACUGUUCAGGUCUUCGUCGUGGAAGGUCCUUGAAGCUGACGUCAGCAGCAGUGCAGUAGCCGCGUAGCGCUGUCAAAGCCCGAAGAAGAGAGACUUGUCCGAGAGAGCUUCAGCCUGCUCUACUGCAGAAAACCAGAGCUGCUACGUUUGGUGUUGAUUCUGUUUACCGACAGCGUCGAAGAAGACUUUUAAAGCUCAGAUCUGUACGGUACUGUUCAGGUCUUCGUCGUGGAAGGUCCUUGAAGCUGACGUCAGCAGCAGUGCAGUAGCCGCGUAGCGCUGUCAAAUCCCGAAGAAGAGAGACUUGUCCGAAAGAGCUUCAGCCUGCUCUACUGCAGAAAACCAGAGCUGCUACGUUUGGUGUUGAUUCUGUUUACCGACAGCGUCGAAGAAGACUUUUGAAGCUUAGAUCUGUACGAUACUGCUCUGGUUGAACUGCGCUAGCCAUCAGUAUGCGCGUUAGUUCGGUGACAACCUUGCGGCUGUGGAAUAGGAGAACGAGUCUCCUCAAGGCAGUAGACCCACGGGCAGCUCUCAACAAGGGUCGCAAGUGCUCACACCCACUUCUGGAACUGGAAAUCAGUGUUUCAUAUUUUUCCACCAGCAGUGACUGCUUUUAACACAGGAGCCGCAUUAGAUCACUUCCAGAGGUGCUGGGAUAAUUUUUCAUCAAGUCUACUGCAAGGACAAAGUAGGCCGCACUGAAAGGUAUAAAUGAGGCAGGCUGUUUUUUCUUACCUGUUAAAGUGAUUGAGUGUGACUGAUAAGCGACUCGAGAAGAGAGAGCGCAACCAUAUCGGUCAACGUGAAGAGGUCAAAUUCGGUGUACUGGAGACACUGCCACACAAGUGUUGGGCUAAUUUGUCACCAGCAGCACCGUAAGGUCCUGUGGCAAGGGCUGUGGACUUUAUAAUUUUUUGGACGUGGCGUUUGACAGGUAGGUGGACCGGUGCUGGACUGGACGAGUGAAUAGGAGAAGCGGUGUCUGGUGAAAGUUGGAGCAGCACGGUCGCCGGAAGCUGACCAUGGUGGAGAAGGCGGGGUCGUGCGAGCGGUGGUUGCUGGUCGUGAUGGUAGGGGCGCUGCUCUCCGCGAGGUCGUGCAACCUGCUGCCCGACAAUCUCAACCUCGAUGACGAUCCGUCGGAUGAUGGGGACGGAAGUUUCUGGAGCCAGCGCUCAUACGGUGGGUACGUGGACGACUUCCUGGUGAAGCUGCGACACGCAGUCGUCGACGACGGCCUCGACCCGCUGGAGCCUCCAGAUGAAGUCCAGGACAUAGACGAGAGAUCUGGACUGUCGACGUGGCACGCCGACGUGAGGCUGGAGCCGAGGGACAUGCGGGCCCUGAGGAAGGACAGCGCAGCCUUCGACGCCUGCCAGAGGCAUGUGCAGGAGCAGGAGGGCGACCAGGAUCUUGGAGACGUCUUGCUGAGCUACAUGUUCCUGGGGCGUGUGCUGCGAGUGGCACCUUCUGGCGACAUCUUUGGGCAGCAGGAGGAGCUGAGGACGAGCAUCGAACGCUGGGUCGAAACGCUGCCCCUGCUGGUGGACACCAGCCCCUGGUCAAAGAGCCACACCAGCCGGUUCAUACACAUAAGGAACCGAGUGCUUACCAGGCACAUCCCACUCACGGCUUUUUGGUCCAGAAGUGACCACCAGCGAAGACACUUUUGGAAGAGGUGACGAGGCGACUUGGGAUAACUGCUGUGCGGUCACUACCUCAGGAACGAAGAAUGUGAACCGCCCCACACUGGGAAAAGUGUGUUCGAAUGGACAAAACUGAGGUGGCCCACAACUCACUCACAUCGCUUCAGACUGGACCGCUUCACCUCUCUCCAGGUUCCCGUGGGGACCAUGAGACUAAAAUCGUGUCUCUUAUAGAGACCUCUUGCGUCUAUGUGGAUCAUUACUGCACAGAGGUUGGACAAAAUAACCCGAUUACACGCCUUGUCAUAGAUAUAUUGUUCUAUGUACAUUUAUCAGUUGUGUAUUUGUCAGAUUGUUUGUGUUCAUAUAUUUAACUAUUUAUAAACACUCUAUUCAAAUAUAAUAAACAUGUUUGUUUGUGUUGUGAUAUUUUCUAUUUAUACACAACCUCUAGAGAUAUGACAAUAAAUAAUUGAUACAUAUGUACCAUACGUUAUGUAUAAAAUAAAUUAUUAAAAUUACCCACUAAAUCAUUAACCCAUUAUUAUUUAUACACAUAUUUUUGUUUGGGUUGUUAUAUUUAACUGUUUAUAAACAGCCUCUUGAGACAUGACAAUAAAUAAAUGACACAUAUGUACCAUAUAUUAUGUAUAAAAUAUGUUAUUAAAAUUACCCACAAAAUCACUAAGCCAUUACUAUUUAUACUCAUAUUUUUUUGUGUUGUUAUAUUUAACUAUUUAUACACAGACGCCUGAGACAUGACAAUAAAUCAUUGGCAGAUAUGUACCAUUCGUUGUCUAUAAAAUAAAUUAUUAAUUGUACCCAGAAA